AUUGCUUCUGGGCGGUGUGUGCGGGCGGCCGGGUUGAGAGUGCUUGCGUGAGCGGCAGGCUGCGGUGGCUACUCCCCGCGUGGGCUUUUGGCGAUAGGUCGUGUGCGGGAGUGUGAAACCCUGCGCUGUCUGGGUGUGGAGAUUCCGACCUCUCUGCGUUUUAUUCGUUGUAUGUAAAUUGCCCUGUUUCUUUUCUCCACAAGGUCGGUCUGGUGUAUCGCAGUGUGUGGCCUUGGACAAAGUGUUAGGCUGGUUUCGUUAUGUCGGGCGGGUGUGAUCCUCACCCUGUGAGGUUGUGUGUCUGUGAGCGUUUGCGUGUGACUGAUGUCGCUGUGUCAUGUUGGACAGUAUGCCGGUCUGCCUACACCGGCUUGUGGGACAGAGCUAGCUCGUGUUCAUCUGCUUCCCUCCUCUGGGCCUGGACCAUGUGUGGUCCUGUCCAACAAGAGUCCUAUGCCUGUGUGCCUGUGUCCUUUAGAGACCGCGCAGGACCUCACGGCAAGCUAAGUAACUGCUGGUCUCUCAGCGAGAGCCGGGAAACCCAGCUUCGGGGUCCUACCUCGACCCCUCUCCAGCGGAGGAGUGGAGGUCCUAACCAGCCGAGUAGGUCUCUCUAAAUAUGCCCCAGGAUGACGGAGCGGCCGCCGAGCGAGGCGGCACGCAGUGACCCGCAACUAGAGGGACAGGACGCGGCCGAGGCCCGCAUGGCCCCCCCGCACCUAGUCCUGCUCAACGGCGUCGCCAAGGAGACGAGCCGCGCAGCCCCGGCUGAGCCCCCCGUCAUCGAGCUAGGAGCGCGCAGCGGCGCGGGGGGCGGCCCUGCCAGUGGGGGCGGUGCCGCGAGGGACUUAAAGGGCCGCGACGCAGUAGCAGCCGAAGCUCGCCUUCGGGUGCCCACCACCGAGCUGUGCAGACCUCCCGGACCCGCCCCGGCGCCCGCGCCCGCCUCGGCUCCUGCAGAGCUGCCUGGAGACGGCCGCAUGGUGCAGCUGAGCCCGCCCGCGCUGGCAGCCCCUGCCGGCCCCGGCCGAGCGCUGCUCUAUAGCCUUAGCCAGCCGCUCGCCUCACUAGGCAGUGGGUUCUUUGGGGAACCGGAUGCCUUCCCCAUGUUCACCAACAACAACCGGGUGAAGAGGAGGCCCUCCCCAUAUGAGAUGGAGAUUUCUGAUGGUCCUCACACCAAAGUAGUGCGGCGCAUCUUCACCAACAGCCGGGAACGAUGGCGGCAGCAGAAUGUGAAUGGGGCAUUUGCUGAGCUCAGAAAGCUGAUCCCCACCCACCCACCAGACAAGAAACUAAGCAAGAAUGAGAUCCUCCGCCUUGCCAUGAAGUACAUCAAUUUCCUGGCCAAGUUACUCAAUGACCAGGAGGAGGAAGGCACCCAGCGUGCCAAGCCUGGCAAGGACCCCGUGGUGGGAGCUGGUGGGGGUGGGGCAGGGGGUGGCAUCCCCCCUGAAGACCUUCUACAGGACGUGCUUUCCCCCAACUCCAGCUGUGGCAGCUCUCUGGAUGGGGCAGCCAGCCCGGACAGUUACACAGAGGAGCCAACACCCAAGCACACUUCCCGCAGCCUCCAUCCUGCCCUGCUGCCUGCCGCUGAUGGGGCUGGCCCCCGGUGAUGCGUCUGGGGCUGCCCAGGGCCAGCAGGCAGGGGCCUUUAGGCCCCUGGGUUGCUGGGCUUCAGGGCAGGUGGGAUGAGAAGCAGGUCAAUGGACUUAUGUGAACUUCCCUUACAGUUUGAACUUUGGGAAGUCCCAACUGACCCUAGGCUGGCAUUUCUGUUUCCUGCAUGGAAACAGAAGAGGCAAACAGAGUGAAGUAGUAGGUACUUUUUCUGAAGAUGGCACGGUCUUCUCCCUUUCCCAAGCCCAAAGAUUUCCCCAAUGAUGAGGCUCAAGUGUCUAGUUUUGGUCUAGAGUUUGUGAGCCUUGUUUUGGACAAGAUCUGGGGUUGUCACCUGUUACCUGAGGCAUCCAAUUGGCCUCUGCCUUGCCUUUCUCCCAUCCCGAGCUGGCUGGGUGGCUUUUGUGGCAGCUUCUGUUCAAAUACUUAGGUACCCAAGAGCUGACCAUUUCUUGAGCCCCAUCUUCACCCAGGUCCAUGUUGAUCCAUCCAGCUUGCCAGCUGCUGUGGAGAGUCAAGCUUUGAGGUGCCUUCUUCAGGGCCUGGUUGGAAAAGAUGGCCAGUAAACAGACAACCUGCUCUCAACUAGCUGGGGCAGAAAACCCAACAGCCCCUUUUGCUCCAGGGAAUCAGAGCUCUCUCCCUCACUGAGACUUGCCUUCCUAUCCUGUGGCUGUGAGGACCAAGUCAGCAGCCUUGAGCAUGCUUUGUUGGGCUGUGUGCAGGCACAGAAAGGGAAAGUGACAUUAGGGCAAGCAAAGCAAGAGUGUUUGGGGCACUGGGUUUCAACUCCAGCGCAUCCCUGUUUGUGCAGGAGAGCAAAGGAUAGAGUGCUGGUGCAUUGCAUGUUGGUGCUGGGGCUGUGCAGCCCAUAGGCUUCCCCAGGAAGCCCGAAGGAAGCUUCCCAUUGCAAGAUGUCUGUUGGCUGAUGGUCUGGAUGUCCAAAUGGAGGACAAACUGUCCUGUACAUACUCUAUUUGGGAUUCUGCCUGACCAGUUGUUGGUUGGCAACUCUAGGCCAUGAUACCACCCAAGAUGCAGCCUGAUGCUAAGGCAAGGAGUCCAGUCAGAGGCAAGGCCCUGGCUGAGACCUGGGCAUGCACCUUUGCUCAGCUUAACUUUAAGUACUCUCCCCUCACACAACUGCAGGCCCUACGUGUGUGCAUGGUAGGUUGGCUUAACAUGAAACGAGUGCCCCCUCUAAAACUUGUACAUGAAAGUUUUGUAAAGCAGACCCUUCUCCUCCAUCUUUUAAAGACACAACCCCUGCAAGUCAUUUUGUAAAGUGGAGAAUCCUUUUGUAGUAUGGACAAAUACCCCAUUGUUUCUCCCCUGUGUCAAUCCAGGUGGUGGGACCGAUCUAUCCUAAAGCUAGGCCUGCCUAUAAUGAAGUUCAAGCUCAUGAAACAAAGUGCGCAGAAGUCCUGUGUAUCUGUCAUUGUAUUGGUGUCACUCAGUUCUCACUCUCUCCAGGGUUUGCCUUUGAGCUAGAGAGAAAAUAUCCAAAGGCCCCAUCAUGUAACGUAUGAGCCCAUCACUUUUCUGUUGGAGUUUCAGCAUGAUGUUUCAGUUCACACCAUGAUGGAGCCUGAGUAUAGACUUAGGCAGACAGAGACUGAUCCUGUUCCUGCUCCCCUCCCCUUCUUAUUAAGUACUGAGGGCCCCCAGGUAAUGGGACAAUGUGGUCAGCUACUAAGGCAUUGUGAUUCUUUGUCUCCUAUCACAUUCUGCUAUCACAUGAACAUUAAGGCUGGUUCUUUCCCAUUGCGUGGGAGUUAGUUCAAGGGGUCUGACCCAUGAGGAAAUGGGUCCAAAGCUGUGUUUGCUUCUUAGUGGAAUGAGUUGGGAAUGAAAACUGUGGCUCUGUAGGUGGAUUCUAUGAGAGGGAUCACACUUUUGUUGGGAGCCUAAGCUGCAGUUCCCUACAUCAGCUUUGCAGCUUCACUGGGAUAAACACGCUAGGCGGUGGACGGACUGUGAUCAUAACAUUGGAAGUCCAUUGGGUCCGUAAAGACUGCUCUGGAGCACAGAGGGCCGGUGCAUCGCGGGGGGGGGGGGGGCGGGGAUUGCACACACGGGGUUCUGUGUUCUACACCCAGCACAGGCACAAAAGAAGCUUCAUAACCCUUAGUACUGACCGUGCCGUGAGGUUCCAGCCAGAGUUCAGGCCUGGGCAGUUGAUGUGUUUGUGUCAUUUGGAUUAUAAAAUAUUUUCCAUUGAGUUAUGUAGAUGCUAAUUUCUCAAGAUUAAUCUUAAUUUCUCCCCGAUUCCAAGGCAAGAAACAGGAGUGAGAAGGGGUGAGAGAUUUCGAAAGUUUCUAAAGGGGCUGGGCAGGGAAGAGCCAGGGUUUUGGUCUUUGUAAGAUCUAAGGAAGACCCUGAAUUCUGUUCUCAUACUCCAUACCCCAUAUCUUUCUUCCUCUGUGUCUUCCUUGCCCUUAAAGAAAUUGCAGCAUUCCAAGAACAAUAUCUGUACAAAGGGGGAAAUGUAAGCAUGAGAAAACAUUAAAAAAAAAAAACAGUGAUGAACAUAACCACAGAGAGAAUCCCACCCUUCAAGAAUAAUUCAUGUUUAUUUGUGGUGGCAAAUAACAAAAUGGUACAACCUUUAUCCUUUUCCAGAAACAAAAACCAAGGGCACAGCAACUAGAGUGAGCUGACAGCUAUUUUGGCCUUUUUGGUGGGUCUAGCCGUACUUGGGAUCCCAGUGGUACAUGACCCUCUGCCGAAGGCUUGCCUCAGUCUGUGUACAUAGCACGCCAUGUCUGUGGGCAAGCCCAGCACUUUGCGUCAGUGUCGUACUGUAUGUAAUGAACUGUGUUGGUCUCUGUGUUUUUUUUUUCUGAAGAAGAGGAGUAACUACUCCGGGUACCUUGAUAUUUGUACAGCCUAUAGGCCAACACUGCGGGCGUGUGACUCUUUAUUGAAAAACAAAAACAAAAAAAUACCAGUGUGGUGAUGAUAGUGUGUGUAUAUAUAUAUAAGGUUAUAUGGGGAAGAUUUCUAAAUAAAAGUUUUACAAAGGG